AUGAAGAUCUCGGUUCUUUUAAUGUCAAACGAGCAAGAAGGGCUGGAGAAGGACGAAGAAGACCCAGGAGAAUUUGAACGAAAAUCAGAACAACUGAAGGAGGAAUUCAUUUUUUUGAAACCAGUUAUUAUCAAUACAGUUCUCCGUCAAGAUGACGUGAAAGGAAAUCUGGAAAGAGUACGUCAAAAGCUACAAAAGUUUCAAGAUACGAAGAAUCCUGCGGACGUUUUUAAAAAUCCAGCUGAAAGAAGGCCAUUGAUUACGAAACCUAAAAGAAAAUUUGAAGAUCCUCUAACACACGGCCCUAUUAAGCAAGCUUGGGUGGCAGGGGACAAAUCUUCCGGAGGCCUUGAACACGAAAGUAAUAGAGGGAAGAAAAAUAGAAGUAGGCCAAGAGAAAAAAAUCAAACGCAAGGGCAACAUGGCGAUGCAGAACGACAAGAUGAGCGAAGAAAUGGUUGUGAUAGCGAUAAAUCGGAUCAAUAUGAGAGGAACCAAGCUUGUCGAGGCCACACCUCAAGGCAAAGAGGCAACAGAAGAGCAGGACCGGAAAGGGGACCCAGAGGUGGGUUUUACCAGGAUCCAAACAACACCCAAGUGCAUAGAGAUGAUCACUUUUAUACCCCUCAAGGACAGUGGUUUGAUCAUCAAAACGCCUUUCCGUCGCAGAGAGGACGUGAAAACCAACGAGGACAAAGAGGUUGCUUUCGCCAGGACCCAACUGCAGGAAAUCGAGAUUAUUCGCUUUAUGGAUCUCAAGAAUGGCACUUUGGCGAUGAAAGCAAUUCUCAGCCUCGAAUGGGACGUGGAGGUCAAGGCGGUCGAGGACCUCCACCAAAACCAAAAUCAAAACCAAAACCAAAACCGAAACCAAAACCGAAGCAAAAGGGUAGGGGACACGGUGGGGGACGGGGUGGAAAUUUCCAAGAGCAACAUCAAAUUCCGGGAGAUUUUCAGGAGAGCAAUCAGUUUUCAGAUGCUAAAGAUGACUCUCAGUUUAUGCAAAUACAACCGAACCAACAAAAUGGAAGAGGAGGAGGUUCUCAUGAAAAUCAGGUGCAUCCAAUAUCCUUGAAGGAGCUUGUCAGCAAUAAAACCCCCAGUUCUUUCGAUAAUUCGGAUGCAGGGAAGUUCAGACAAGGUGAAACCAACAAAAGCAGACAGGGAGACCGCGGUAGGCCACAGAACCGACUUGGUAACAGAGAUGCUGGUCAAACUGGGAUAAGACGAGCACAGAGCAUGCCCAGUAUGGCAGAAGAGGAACCUGCUGAUCAGUCUCAAUUUGAAAGAAAUAAAAUAUUCAUUCAAGGGCUGGGUGAAAAAACCUCACGGGAAGGACUGGUGAACUUUAUCAAGGCAAAGAGUGGUAAGGAAGAGGUUAAGGACCUACAGAUGCUGAAGAAUGGAAAAGCCUUAGUCACCAUGGCUGAUGAAAUCAAAGACGGCAACGAUGAAGAAGAAGAAAAAAAAGAAGACGAAGAAGAAGAAGAAGAAGAGGAAGAAAGAGAUGACGGAUUUCGUGAAACAGUUGAGAAGAAUGUUGACAAGGAGUUGGAUUUUUCAUCUGCUGUCAACAAGAACGAGCAAGAAGGGCUGGAGACGGACGAAGAAGACCCAGGAGAAUUUGAACAAAAAUCAAAACAACUGCAAGAGGUAUUCAGUUGUUUGCCACUAGUUCUUAUCACGACAGUUCUCCGUCAAGAUGACGUGAGAGGAAAUAUGGAAAGAGCACUUCAAAACCUACAAAAGUUUCGUGAUACGGAGAAUCCUGCGGACGUUUUUAAAAAUCCAGCUGAAAGAAGGCCAUUGAUUACGAAACCUAAAAGAAAAUUUGAAGAUCCUCUAACUCACGGCUCUAUUAAGCAAGCUUGGGUGGCAGGGGACAAAUCUUCCGGAGGCCCUGAACACGAAAGUAAUAGAGGGAAGAAAAAUAGAAGUAGGCCAAGAGAAAAAAAUCAAACGCAAGGGCAACAUGGCGAUGCAGAACGACAAGAUGAGCGAAGAAAUGGUUGUGAUAGCGAUAAAUCGGAUCAAAAUGAGAGGAACCAAGCUUGUCGAGGCCACAACUCAAGGCAAAGAGGCAACAGAAGAGCAGGACCGGAAAGGGGACCCAGAGGUGGGUUUUACCAGGAUCCAAACAACACCCAAGUGCAUAGAGAUGAUCACUUUUAUACCCCUCAAGGACAGUGGUUUGAUCAUCAAAACGCCUUUUCGUCGCAGAGAGGACGUGGAAACCAACGAGGACAAAGAGGUUGCUUUCGUCAGGUACCAAUUGCAGGAAAUCAAGAUUAUUUGCUUUAUGAAUCUCAGGAACGGCACUUUGGCGAUGAAGGCAAUUCUCAGCCUCAAAUGGGACGUGGAGGUCAAGGCGGUCGAGGACCUCCACCAAAACCGAAACCAAAACCGAAGCGAAAGGGUAGGGGACACGGUGGGGGACGGGGUGGAAAAACCAUCCAACAAGUCCCGGUUUGCAAAAGCACCCUUUUCACUGGCUUUUCAGACAUUACCCAUGAUUUUAUUGAACUGUACUUUGAGAGUCGUCAAAAUGGUGGGGGUCCUGUGGAGAAGGUUCACCAUGUUCCUAAAAGUAGUCAAGCUGUGGUUGUGUUUCAAGAUGCAAAAGAUAUGGAAAGAGUGUUAACCAGACAUGAAGAGAAACCUUAUGAGAUUGAACAAACCCAGCUGUCAAAUAGAGCUUACCGAGAGUUUCUAGAAGACGAAGACGUUGAUGGAGCGGAGGAUUCCGGUGACUUAGGAGCUACUGCAACCGCGGCCAGUGAAUCUCGAGUGAGCCAGAAACGUGAUGCCAAAGCACAACAGCUGUACAUAGCUGUAGAUCCCGAUGUUAUGGAAUACGUCACGUCUACAGGAUUCCAAGCUGAACUGAACAAUUCGCUGGCUGGAAAGAAGAGCGAAAUCACCUGGAAACCCAACAGCAAAAUGGCUGUAAUAGUGUACCGUGGGGAAGAUGACAGUGAUUUAUGGCAAUCUGAAUGUAUUGACCAAGUACAAAAUUAUCUCGGCAAGUUUGCGAAGUGCGAUGUGCAGGUCAACAAGGAUUUCUGGGAAGCCGUUGUAGCAAAAGUUCCCAGCAUUCGCAUCUGCUUAGGAGUUGAUCCCCCGCUGAUCAAGACUAUUCCUGAUUCAAAUAUUGCUAGGAUCGUUUCAUUAGGAACAAACGUGAAAAAUAACGAGGAUAAGGUGAAGUCAAAGUUGGAAGAAAUAUACCGCGAGGAGACCAGAAAAACUUACCUGAAGAAGAAAAUUCCAAAUGUUCCUAAGGAGCGCCUAAUUUUGCUGAAGAAGAUAAAAUUUGCCGAGAAACUCCAAGAAAAGAACAAGGAGCUGGAGAUCAAGAUUAAUACUGAAGGUGAAGAAAUAUAUUUCGAAGGUCCCCAGUCACAAUUCACUGAGGCAACCAUGAAGUUCUACAAACAAAUGGCUGACAUGGUUGAGAAGAAACUAACUUUAUCCGUCAGCAUCCUGAAGAUUUUAAACUCAGAUGAGGGGCUUCAGACUGUCAAAUGUGAGUUGGAAAGAAACAACGUGGAAGCAGUGUUCGUUAUUGAGAAAGACGCCACCAUAGUGGGAUCAUCAGCAGCGCAUGCAAACAACGCGGCGGGGCUCGUGAACAAGUUGACGGUGGAAGAGAAAGUUCAAGUGGACGAGAAAAGCAAGCAUUUAUUAAAGUCAUCUGAAUGGCUGAGGUUGUGUGGCGAGAUGAACCAAACGGCUGUCCGUGUCCGGAGGGACAACUGGAACGAUACAUACGUAGCUGGGUUUCGUGAUGACGUGACCAAAGUGAUAAAGAAGUUAAAUACCUUUCUUGAAAACAAUUGCAUCAGGGAGGGAAGGUUUGUGUGCACGUCUGAUAUUAUGCGAAGGUAUCUUCUUGAGCCACGUCAAGAAGAUCUACGCACCAUAGAGAAUCAACUAAAAGAUUUUGUAGUGAGUAUUAAAAAGGGAAAAGACAAUGAUGAUUUUGUCAUUUCUGGAAACAGAGAUGGUUUGAAACGUGUAGGAAAGAAGCUCGAUGCUCUGAUGGAUUCCACUGAGUUCAAAACCUUUGAAGUGAAACAGCCAGGCCUUCGAAAAUACUUUGACAGUGGAAAAGGAGAUCAGCUGGUGAAAAUGGUGGAAAAACAACAAGACUGUGCCAUAAAAGUCCAGAAAAGUUUAGGUCGAGGAGGAAAGGAAGAGGAGCUGCGCGUCGAAUCUGUUUUUGAAGCCUCUACUACUUCAGGCGACGGUGAAGAUGAUGCGGAGGAUGACCACGCUACCACUACUGGAACUGACUCGUCUACCCUGGUAAUAGCCCAAAGGUACAGAGUGUCGUGGAAACCUGGAAACAUAGCGGAAGAGAAGGCUGACGUACUUGUCUGUUCUCUAGGAGCAUGCCAUAUAGCAAUCAUUAACACCGGUGGCCCCAAGUCCAAAAUCCCCAACGUUGGUGACAUUACUGUCUCAGGUGGUUUUUCCUCGGUCAGUCACGUGAUUCUCGCUAACUGUUGUAAGUGGAACAACGGUGAAGGGGAACCGACGCUAAGGGCCAUCGUUCAAAAGUGUCUGCAAACAGGCCAAACGCUUAGAGCGAACUCCAUUGCAUUUCCUGUCAUUGGGACUGGAAACCUGCGCUUCCCACGCGAUGCAGCCUCGAGAAUCAUGUUGGAUGAAACAGUCAAUUUCUGCAAUACCAACCCUGGUCUUAAUUUACGGGACAUCCGAUUUGUCGUGUUUAACCAAGAUCAAGCAUUAACUACCGCCUUCAAACAAGAGAUGGACAAACUACAGCCCAAGCAAACUAGCCUCCCUGCCAUCACGACUUUAACUAAAGGAAUACGUUCCUUCUUUGGAUGGAAGAAAACAGCGGGGACAUUGGGUGUAAGCAUUGAAGUCUUGCAGGGCGACUUGUGCCAGGAAACUACGGAUGCCAUAGUGAAUAUAACAAGUAAAGACUUGAAUAUGGACAGUGCUGGAAAGUUGAGCCAGACGGUGAAACAGCUAGCCGGGCCACAGGUUGAGACUGAGUUGAAGCAGUUCGGACAGCAAUCAGGUGGAACCGCAUUGAUCACCAGCAGUGGAAAUCUCCCUACGCAGAAAAUUAUUCACUUAAUUCCAGACACCAAUAAUAAAGACCACCUCCAGCAGUGUGUUGAAAGAUGUCUUCGGCUGGCAGAGACGCAUAGUCUUAGAUCCAUUUCGAUUCCCGCAGUUGGUACUGGUGCAUUCCAUGUUUCUGCAGUGGACUCGGCCAGCCUGAUAUUUAAGGCCCUGACAAACUUUAGUGGAAGCUUCCGUAGUGUCCGCAAGGUCAGGAUCGUAAUCCUCGAGUCUCCAAUGCUGUCGGCAUUUCAGCAAGAACAUCAGAGGCAUUCGUUUUCUCCACAGGUAGGUGUGGCUCAGCGCAUAACCUUAACUAGCCCGUUCAGUAUCGAGGUGAUAAAUGGUGAUUUGACGCAAGAGAACAGCACUGAUGCUAUCAUGAAUAUCAACAGCACGGACAUGAACAUGAAUAAUGCUGGAGACCUAAGCAAAGCCAUAGCAAGACGGAGUGGUCGACUUGUGCAACAAGAAUGCAACAAAUUGGGAAAGCAGCCUCCUGGAACAGCGAAAAUGACCAGCGGAGGUAAUUUACGAGUGCCUCAUAUUAUUCACAUAAUUCCAGGCUCCUCAGAUAAGCACCAUCUCCAGCAAUGUUUGGAGGAGGGUCUUUGUGUUGCGGAUGCCAAUAAUCUUCAAGCAAUCUCAAUUCCGUGUGUUGGCACAGGAGGAUACGGCUUGACCGCAGCGGACUCAGCCCAACUGACGUUCAAAGCACUAAGCGCAUUCAUUGCCCGCUGUAAAAAUAUUAAAAAAGUAAGAGUGGUCGUGUUCCAGGCCUCUAUGAUGCAGGAGUUUCUACAAGAGCAGAAGAAACAACUGGUGCAAGGUAUUGAAGAAGACAGUGACUCAGAGGAUGCA